UGGGGGGUGGGGGGGUGAGUGUGUGCCAGGACUUGGAGGAGGGCGUGUCUGGCGACGGCAUCCCUAAAGCGGGAGGGGUGGGGAGGGCAGUGUGAGGCUGUCGGAGAAAAUAUCCCCUUGGAGCAAAGCCUAACUUUUCGCCAGACACUUCCUUCCCAACUACUUCUCUAGACUACAAGGAUCAAAACUGUACCACAGGCCUGGCCUUAUACCCACCCCUAUCUCGCUUUGCCUAAGCAUUUUUCGUUUGUACUCAGAUGCCUCCUCGAACACCCUGGGUCCCAAGCACCCUUAUCAGCUGCUUUUUGAUGUUUUCCUUGCCUUUCAAACUAAUCUUUGGGCUGGGUUUGCCUUUCAAAGAAAGUUUCUUCUGCUGAAUUUUCUCUUUACUCUAUCUCAAGCCUUCUGAACUCAGCUCCACACCUGUUUUCUUUCCCUCUUUCCGCACAACGAGAAUUUCCAGAGCUCACAUUUUUAUGGGCCAAGGCCUAACGUUGCCCCCAGUUUUGUUUUCUAGCCAUCAUUCUACUUUCAACAGAAAGCUAUUAUUUCUCUUCUUGAUUUUUCUCUCGAACUUCUCUGGUCCCACCCACAUUAAAGACAAAAACAAACAAAACCCUGGCCCAAUCUGCUCAGCUCUACACCCCAACAUCGCUCCCCUCAUCUUCCUUCCACCAAUUUGAAUAUUUUGCUCUGGGGUUUUCUUUGGCAUCAAUGUAACUGUUGGUCCAAAUUUUUUUGUGUGUAAUCCGAGUCCCAUCAAGCAAACAUUUCUCUCUUCCUGUGUCACCCCAAUUAACCUAAACUUUUGGAGAUAUUUUCUUUUUCAAAUUCUCCUUACGUUCAGCUGAACCAGUGACUUCCAAACUUUGUCUUUUUAUUUUUUCCAGAGAAAAUUAUUCAAACGAAAUCUUACCCCUGGCAUGUAAAUCAUAUAUAAGAGCAGCUGUGAUGGGAGUGCGGUGGGGGAGCUCGGAUUUAUGCGGAGCUUCCAAACCGAAUGCACCUCCUCUCCACAGUUUGGCAACCUCUACCCAAACUUCGGAGGCCAAACUUCCCCUUUCGGAGCUUGGGUUCCUCGCUCUACGCUUCAGCCUAGGGCGCAGUGCUUUCCUCACUCAGAUUUCUCUCUCCUUCCCACUUUCUUCCACAUCAGGUCCUGUCAUGGAGCUGCGCUCGGAGCUGCCCAGCGUGCCCGGCGCGGCGACCGCAGCAGCUACAGCGACGGGGCCGCCCGUGGCCUCUGUAGCGUCGGUGGCGGCGGCGGCGGCUGCAGCCGCCUCGCUACCCGUGAGCGUGGCGGGGGGCUUGCUGAGGGCGCCCCCGCUGCUUCUGCGGGCAGCAGAGAAAUACCCGCGGACCCCGAAGUGCGCGCGCUGCCGCAACCACGGCGUGGUAUCGGCGCUCAAGGGCCACAAGCGCUACUGUCGCUGGAAGGACUGCCUGUGCGCCAAGUGCACGCUCAUCGCCGAGCGCCAGCGCGUCAUGGCGGCGCAGGUGGCGCUGCGCAGACAGCAGGCGCAGGAGGAGAACGAGGCGCGCGAGCUGCAGCUGCUCUACGGCACUGCCGAGGGCCUGGCGCUGGCCGCCGCCAACGGCAUCAUCCCCCCGCGGCCCGCCUACGAGGUGUUUGGUUCCGUGUGCGCCGCCGACAGCGGAGGCCCGGGAGCCGGAGCGCCGGCGGGAACCGGAGGUGGCGCGGCGGGAGCAGGGGGCUCAGAGGCCAAGUUGCAGAAGUUUGACCUGUUCCCCAAGACACUGCUGCAGGCAGGCCGUCCAGGCAGCCCGCAGCCUCCCCAGGUGAAGCCCUUAUCUCCCGACGGCGCGGACUCAGGCCCCAGGACGUCGUCCCCGGAGGUGCGGCCCGGCUCGGGCUCGGAGAACGGCGACAGCGAGUCCUUUUCGGGCUCACCUCUGGCCCGGGCCUCCAAGGAGGCCGGCGGUAGCUGCCCGGGCAGCGCGGGCCCUGGAGGCGGCGGUGAGGAGGACAGCCCGGGCUCCGCCAGCCCUCUGGGCUCCGAAUCUGGUUCUGAGGCUGACAAAGAGGAGGCCGAGGCCGCGACGGCGCCAGGGCUGGGCGGAGGCCCGGGUCCACGCCAGCGGACGCCGCUGGACAUCUUGACGCGGGUCUUCCCGGGCCACCGGCGCGGCGUCCUGGAGCUGGUGUUGCAGGGCUGCGGCGGUGACGUGGUGCAGGCCAUUGAGCAGGUGCUAAACCACCACCGCGGGGGCCUGGCGGCUGGCCUGGGCCCUGCCGCGCCCUCGGAUAAGGCCUCGGCGAGCGCCUCAGCUGCUGCGGACGACGCAUGGCCUGGCCGCGUUGACGUCGCGGCCGCUGGGGGCCCGGGGCUGCCCGCGCCGCUGCAGGCCGGGCCCGCCGCACCCCCUCACCACAGACCCUUGCUGGCCGGCGCCAUGGCGCCCGGGGCGCUGGGCUCGCUGAGCAGCCGCUCAGCCUUCUCGCCCCUGCAGCCCAACGCCAGCCAUUUCGGGGCCGAGGCGGGCGCCUACCCGCUGGGGGCGCCUCUCGGCCUCAGCCCAUUGCGCCUGGCCUACUCGGCGGCGGCGGCGCACAGCCGAGGCCUGGCCUUCAUGGCGCCCUACUCCACCGCAGGCCUGGUGCCCACGCUCGGCUUCCGGCCGCCCAUGGACUACGCCUUCAGCGACCUCAUGCGCGACCGCUCUGCCGCCGCCGCCGCUGCGGCGGCCGUGCACAAGGAGCCGACCUAUGGCAGCGGGCUCUACGGGCCCAUGGUCAACGGCGCCCCCGAGAAGCAGUAGGGCGAGGGCCCCGCAGCCCUUCGGCCCCCAACGCAGAUCCGGCCUCGACCCCGCGGGCCGCAGCCCCUGUGCCCUUGGCGCUCUCUGGCUGGGCUGGGGCUUCCUGCUCCCCGAAGUCUGCAGGUUUUUUGGGGGGGGGCGCGAGGGCUGGCAAAGGGGAGCAGCUACAGGCGCAGGUGCUCUCGCGGGAGCCUCAGCCCUCUCCAGACGCCUCCUCCAGGCUCGCACAGUCGCUUUUUGAAAAGGCCAAGGAUUCCUGAGAAUUCUGGGCGGUGGCCUCGCUCCCGCUGCUCCUUUAGCUGCGCUCGCCUCGCUGGCCGGCCACCCUCUCCACUCUCAGAAGGAUGGCAGGAUAAUCCGACAGUCUCUUCUAUGUCUCCCCAGGCCUUCUCUUUUAAUUUUUUUUUAAAAAAAUAUUCUAACAAGUAUAAAUUUAGGAUAUAUACAUCUCUUGGCACUGAGUUGAGUCUUUGGGACACACAUAUAUAUAUCGAUUUCAGUUGUAAAAAAAAAAAGGAAGUUCUAAGGUGCACUUUCCUCGUUGCGGUAUUUGUCGCUCUUUGUUGCUUAUGCCGAUAAGCAUGGGUUUCCUUGGUGCAGUGUGAGUUUUUAUAUAUGUAUAAAUCUAUAUAUAAUCUAUACAUAUAUAUAUACAAGCCAGUGUAUAAUGUUAUAAAAUGGAAUUCUAAGUUAUUAAUUGUAAUCUGUAGGUGACCUCGGUAUUAACGUGAAAAACAUUCAAAAACAAGCAUAAAAAGGACAAAUAUGGAAAAAAUUAGACUAUGCGCACAUUGUCCUUACCAGGUUUUAUGGAUUAAAUAUACUGCAAACUCGGGACGAAUCCUGCCCACUGCCCUUCCCGCCUGCGGCCGGCCUCUCCCUCAGGAGCCGCCCCGUGCGCCCCUAGCAGGAACACAGCGACCGCGGCCCAGACAGAAGCGCCGGCGCGGGCGCCCUCUCCUCCCAGGACUCGCCAAACGCCCUGGCCGAAGGUCUGCCUCGAGAAACACUGCUGCAGACAA